UCGACAUUUCCUACUGGUUACCUUUUGCUAACCGGGCAACACAUUAUCUGUUGCGGUUUCGUCUAGCUUCGUCAUCGGUCCAGCAUGUAUCAUUGGAGGCCCCACGUCACAAGCACUACAGUGGCAGCUCUGCUUCUGAUAUCCAGUGUUGAGUUUUGUGGCUCUUCUGACUCCACCGAGUGUCACUGUAAGACCUUCAGAUGGGGGACAGUGUGCAAUAGCACCUCUCAGACACCUUCAUGCCUCCUCAAGAGCGACCAGGUGCUGAUACUCGAACUUCCAACCAUGACCCGACUGAUCGGUCCCGUGUUGGCCAACAUGCCGAGUGUCCACCGACUCCGCAUUGUGUCCAAUUCCCUCACUGCAAUCAGAUCGUCUGCCUUCGCUAGCGACCCACCGUCGGAAAUGGAUCAUCUCACACUGGACGUGCCAAACGUAACGACCUUGGAGCCCGGAGUAUUCAAACUGCUGCCCAGACUCAGGCGCCUGCGCAUAUUGAGUGCCGUCCAGAGCCUGGACGAGGAAGAGCUCGAACUGUGCCCAGACCUCAGAGAAGUGCUCUUCCACGCCAAGCUCCAGAAGAUACACCCUGGAACGUUCAGGCAGAACAAGGCGCUUUCCUACCUCGAUCUCGUCGGCAACAACUUGACGCACUUACCUGGUGGUCUAAUCGCUGGCAACCCACGGUUGGAAACCUUGUCCCUCACUGAGAAUGGCAUACGUACCAUCUCUGCUGGGGCGUUCAGAAACGCUUCGAACCUCCAGCAGCUAAUUCUGUCCCGGAACAACUUGCGGACUCUAGAGGAGGGAGUGCUGGACGAUGUGGAGCUGCUGACUUAUUUUCACGCUUCAGCGAACGAAAUCACCUCUCUACCCCCGACAAUUUUUGCCAAAACAAUGUUGCUGAUAGAAAUCCAUCUACAUUUGAACAACCUGAUGUCUCUACCAAAGGACAUAUUUGCACAUACCACCAAUCUCAAGGAGCUGAGACUGGGCGACAACCAGCUGAAGUCCCUGGAGCCAGAACUGUUCCGCCACAACCAACGGUUAACCACGCUGGAGCUGAGUGGGAACGCCCUCGAGACCCUCCCUGGAGACGUGUUCUCUGGCCUGGAGAGCCUACAGUACCUCUACCUGUCCGACAACCGGCUGGCCAUAGUGCCCGCUGAGAUCUUCAAGCCGAUCGCUGGCCUGCUGCAGUUGUUCUUGUCGGGGAACCUCCUCCAGGAGCUGCCUGGAGAUGCGCUGGGAGCCUGCUCCCAACUGGAGUCCUUCUUCUUGAACAACAACCAGCUCAUGAGUCUGCCUGGACGACUAUUCACCAACAGCACCAAGCUCUCGACGGUCUCCCUCGAAAACAACAGCCUCAGAAGCCUGCCUGUCGAGCUGUUUACUGGGACAUCAUCGCUCAAACAGAUGUGGUUGGGACAUAACCCUUGGGACUGCUCCAGCUGCGAGGUUGCUGCGAUGUCUGCCUGGCUGACAUCACGUGACAUCGACAUCGGUGAUCUCGUGCCGCAGUGCUCGGGGCCUGGGCCACAGGCUGGGAGAGAUAUCCGUCACGUGACGGCAACUCACUGUCUCAAGGACAGUGGACAGUAGGGUCUAGGGGUAGGUAUAUCCCAGGAGGAAGCCACUGUCUCCAGUCAUCACUACAAAAACUGGCUAUCGCCCUGAGUAUUCAACAGUAGCAGGAGACACACCAACUACACAAGCAGGAAGUUCCAGCAAUUACAGAUCUCCUGUGUAUCUGGAGUCAUGCAGAACUUCUAACAUAUGUUGAAUGGUGGGCUUUUACCUCGAUGUUUCCUCAUGAGAAGACACAAUGAAUUUGGACACAAGAGGAAAUACUACACAGUCUCGGUUUUGCUCAUGUAGGUACAUAGUACAUCAGGAAGUACAUCCUUGAUAUCAGGAAAUAUUUGUACGAAUGUUCUGUUGCCUGCAGCUAUAAAUUAGGUAUGCAAAUGAAUGAUUUUGUGACAUGUCCAUACAAUAAAACAGUCUGAGUUGUCCUAUACAGUGAUUUCAUGAUGUUUGGAGGAUGUAUAGUCGUCUACCAUGUUCUGGCGGAGUGUUGGUAUCUCUGUGAUAAAACGCAAGGAGAUUAUUCCCUUUCCAAAACAUCUUGGACUCGCUACAAAUUCAUGCACCAAGAAAUUGGAAAAUAUGUUAUUGCAAUAAAACAUGGCUGUUACCACCAUUGUCAGAUUAUGUAUUUAUUUUCAUAGUGAGUGUUGUUUUCAAACAAUGUUUUUCUGCCUUGCUUUUGUGCAUACGAUUAAUCUUUUUGAUGUAUUUCUCCAUAUACAGGGUGUAAAGUUUAAGUUGACAAACCAGAAUAAUUCGAAAAAUAAGCUCCACACGAAGAAAUUGGUAGAAUCCAAAGUUGAUUAUUUUCGAGGGGAACAUCUGCUGAUGCCAAAAUUAUCCCGCCUCCCCAGCCCUCUGGGGGUGGGGCGGGAGGCAACUUUAAAAUUUCAAAUGGGAACCCCCAUUUUUUUAUUGUAAAAUCAGAUUCUACAUAAAAAUCUACGUACAAUUUA